UGGGGGUGCAGGUGUGUUGCGUCUCGCAGAAGAUCAGAACUUUGAGUCCAAUUCUCCUGGCCCCACGUGAGCACCUCCGCGAUGGUUCUGGGCGGGAAGGAGGGAGUCUGAGGAUCCGGUCCACCGCCGCCCCCACCCCCUCCUCCUCCUUCAUCGGUCCAUCAUGUUCCAGCAGCUCGGUACCAACAAGAAAUGUUUCAGCAUCGAGGCUCUGGUCGGGAAGGACGCCACCGGUUCCGAAGAGCCCAUCCGGCCCACGGCGCUCCGCUUCCCCGAGGCCAUGCACCCCGCCGCCGCCGCCGCAGUGGGGGUUCUAGGCUCCUGCGGGCGGACUUUGUACGCGAGCGGAUCGGAGCUUCUGCUCCGGGAGCCCGGGGCGCACGCGCCCGGUCCCGGUGGGCUUUACAUGCACGCGUUGCACGUGGGCCCGCAGAACCUGAUCGGGCGUCCUCAUCAAAACCCGCUCGGCCUUUUCCCGCCAUGGAUCCUUCGGAACCGGUACUUUCAAGGUGACGGCGGCGGUGGCGGCGGCGCGGAGAACCUGCUGCUGCACGCCCCAUUCUCCAGGAAACCCAAACGGAUCCGCACGGCCUUCUCGCCCUCGCAGCUGCUGCGUCUGGAACGAGCCUUUGAGAAGAACCACUACGUGGUCGGCGCCGAGAGGAAGCAGCUGGCCGGCGGACUCUGCCUGACCGAGACGCAGGUGAAGGUUUGGUUCCAGAACCGCAGAACCAAACACAAACGUCAGAAGUUGGAGGAGGAGACAGCUGAGACGCAGCACAAAAGGUCAAAGGCCAGCCAGCACGUCAGUCGAUGGCGAGUGGCCACGCAGCAGGCGGCCUGCGAAGACGUCGACGUCGUCAGCGACGACUAGACUGAGUCGAACACGCGCGCUCACGGACCAAUGGUCAGGAACAAACAACGCGGCAUGAAAGGCUACGUGGCUAAUGCUAAUCACGCAACGUACAUGUUACAUACGCACGUGUUGUACGACAUGACGGAGAAGCUUCAUCGUUUUGACGUCUUUCAAGGUGGCUCUUGAACGCACCCCCAGGCUGACGUCAGCCUCAAGGACGCUCUUCGCACUUAGCGACCGAAAAAUGGCAAAUGUUAAAACACGUUUUGUGACGCACCUCCUGCUCAGUCAGGUCACGUGAUUAAAGGGAAAAAACUAACGCUAACACACACACACACGCACGCACGCACACGCACACACACUGCAGGACUUCCAUGAAGUGAAGCAAAGGUUGAGAAUUGAUUGAGAACAAAAAUAAAAUGUUAUUUUUUUUUGCAUGUCGUGAAGUUGAAAAUGUGCCAAGAAAAAAAACAGUCUAAUGAAAUAAAAAUGUGAGUUAAGUAUGAAACAUUUCCUAUUGAGGCAAGAACUGAAGGUGUCAAUCAAUCAAUCGAUGGCUGAUCAGUGCUUUUUUGGGGGGUUAUUUAUGUAAAAAAAACCUGUAUUCUAUGCAUCUUUAAUAAUAUUCAUGUUUUUUUCCUUCGCUUCCGUUGUCUCGGUCAUCUCCAGUAGCUCUUCCGCCUUGCAGAUCGUCCGCUCCCGCUGGGGACUCCUCCGAAAGGGGGCGGAGACAACUUUGUACUUCCUGUGUUGAGGCU